CGCGGUUUGAAUCGCGAGGAGGAGGGUUAAUCAAAAAUUUGAAGACCGCUUGCAGCGCCAUUGUGCGGCACCCAUAAGAAUAUUCCUUGUGACGCAGUAGGAACUCGUCCUUUCCGUCGAUCUACGGUGAAUGGAACAUGUCGCAUACGUCUGAGCGAAGAAACGAUGAUCAAUGGGCAGGAGAUUCCAAAAAUGGUCCUAGUGAGAGUGAUCAACAGACAUACGAUGGCCCUCCUGGCAUGGAGCCUGAUGGGAUCAUUGAAUCUAACUGGGAUGUUGUCGUUGACAACUUUGAUGAAAUGAACCUGAAAGAAGAAUUACUGCGUGGUAUUUAUGCUUAUGGUUUUGAAAAACCAUCUGCAAUUCAACAGCGUGCCAUUCUGCCAUGUAUAAGAGGACACGACGUAAUUGCACAGGCACAAUCAGGAACUGGCAAGACUGCUACAUUUUCAAUUUCUAUUUUACAACAAAUUGAUACUAGUAUCAAAGAAUGCCAAGCUUUGAUUCUAGCUCCAACAAGGGAACUUGCUCAACAAAUCCAAAAAGUUGUUAUUGCUUUGGGAGAUUUUAUGCAUGCAGAAUGUCAUGCAUGCAUUGGAGGUACCAAUGUGCGCGAAGAUAUGCGAAAAUUAGAUCAAGGUGUUCACAUAGUAGUUGGUACACCUGGUAGAGUAUAUGACAUGAUUAGUCGACGGGCAUUACGAGCCAGUAGCAUCAAACUGUUUGUGUUAGAUGAAGCAGACGAAAUGCUCUCUCGUGGUUUUAAGGAUCAGAUUCAUGAUGUAUUUAAACUAUUACCUCAUGAAGUACAGGUUAUAUUAUUGUCUGCAACCAUGCCGACAGAUGUAUUGGAUGUGUCUACAUGUUUUAUGCGAAAUCCAAUUCGCAUCUUAGUUAAAAAGGAAGAACUUACACUAGAGGGUAUUAAACAAUUCUUCAUCUACGUUGAACGUGAAGAAUGGAAGUUUGAGACUCUUUGUGAUUUAUACGAUACAUUGAGUAUCACUCAGGCAGUUAUCUUCUGUAACACGCGGCGUAAAGUAGAUUGGUUAACGGAGAGUAUGCGUACCCGUGAUUUCACAGUCUCUGCUAUGCACGGAGACAUGGAACAAAAGGAGCGAGAUCUCAUUAUGAGGCAGUUCAGAACUGGUUCGUCUCGUGUCCUCAUCACAACUGAUCUUUUAGCACGUGGUAUUGAUGUCCAACAGGUGUCCCUUGUCAUCAAUUAUGAUUUACCUUCCAAUCGUGAAAAUUAUAUCCACAGAAUCGGUCGAGGUGGUCGUUUUGGCCGGAAGGGAGUGGCAAUUAACUUGGUAACAGACGACGACAAACGGACCUUAAAAGAUAUUGAACAAUUCUACAAUACUAGUAUUGAAGAAAUGCCAAUGAAUGUCGCAGAUUUGAUUUAAAUCUGACUAUUGGCUAUAAUUCAUUAUAAUUAAAAAAAAAUAAUAAUAAAAGUAAGUGAAAUACGGAGCUCUCAGCUGAUCUCUCAUGGUGUGUGAGUAUAUAUAGAGUGAGUUGGUGAACUAUAAUCGCUUAUGUAAACGCGAUCUACUGAAAUAUUCCAAACGUUCUCGUCUCAAUUUCAUUUUAUAACAGUAGAUUACAGAAAUAGUUAUCCGUUACGCUAGACAAAAAUUAGUACUACUAUAUUAUAAUUAUUACAAUUAUCACUACGGAUACUACUAUAUUGCUAUUCCUACCACUAUUGCUCUAUUAACUAUUAUUACUGGUAUAUACUCUUGCGCUAUUCUCUUCUCUUGUUCAAUAUUUAUUACUACUAUUUUUCCCCGCUACUAUUCUCCUAUUCUCUACUGUAUUAAUAUAUACUCCUAUUAUUAUCACUAAAUAUCUCGGGAUUGCUGCAGUUUUUAUUACGAAUUAGUAGUGUUCGCAUCGAUAAAAACACAACCAUUGCGAUUCUACUAUUGUGAGACGGAAAAAGAGAGAAACGAAAUUAGGAAGUGAGACAAUUCAGUGAACUUCGGUUGUUCUUUUACCUUUCUGCUGUUCCAAGUCACAGGGAUAAUCUCAUUUACGUAAAAAUGCACCUACAAUCAUCUUGUUCAACUUAUCCAAAUUCUGUUAUGAGUUUCAAAUCUUUUAUCUUGAAUCAUUUUAUUUCGUCUUCUUUUUUAUAUACUUCCAAUUGGAUGAUUCACUCCAUGUUCUGUAGUCCCUCGUCGACACUUUUACCACCGCGGUUACAACGUGUUUGUCUAGGCAGAGGUUUAGUAGGGUAUUGGAAAGGGUACUUUAAUCACAAGCGUUGUCGAAGGAGAUGUACAUUCGGACCUUAGAUGAUACGAAUUUUUUGUAUGUCCCAAAUCCUAAGUACAUACCUUCAUUAAGAAAUAAAGUGUUUGACCUUUUAA